AUGUCGCUAACGUUUACACUCACCGGCAAGAGUAGCAUCCUCUCGGUAAGCUACUCUCCAGCUGUUGAUUUGAACGAUGGUGAUUACGAACUCGGUCUGACAGAUUUUGAAACGUAUUACACGGUCCCAAAUGUAAAUUCAUCGAACAAUAAAUUCUACUAUGACGACAAGAAGAUUGUCAUUCCCGAAGGAUCGUACGAAUUGCGCGACAUUGGCACGUAUCUCAAACGCACGCUUUUACAUUCUCGUUCCAAAAAUGUGAGGAAAAAAGACAUCGGGGAAGAUGACGAUGACGAGUACCCAUUGACGAUUCGAGCUAACAACAAUACGAUGAAAAGCGAAAUCAAGUGUGCUCACAGGAUAAAUUUUACAAAACCUAACAAUAUUGGAUCGUUGUUGGGAUUUUCAACGAAUCGUAUUCUAGAGCCGCGACAGUGGCAUGAAUCGGACGUAUCAAUAAAUAUUAUUAACGUAAACAUUAUUCGCAUAGAGUGA